GAACGUGAUGUCAGCAACGCACGGCAUUCUGGGACUUUUGGACACGGACACUACAGUCUACACUAGCAUGCUUCGCUAUCAAGCCCUUUUUCUGAGAGCUCCAAACAACAACCAAUCGAGUGAUGAGCCAAAGGUGCCCGUGAAAUCUGCGAGCGAGGGGGAGGAUGACACCAGUAUUCACAUCCACGCAAAGUUUCCCAGCAUUUCAUCUCGACACUUUCUGCCCAUCUGUACGGCUGAAGUCCCAUCCAGAGAAUCAGACAGCUGCUGCUGCUGCUGAUGUUAGAACUGGGAGUUUCAGCAUCCUUCUCCUCCGUCAUUAUUUGAGUUCGGGCUCUCCACUGCACUGUCGGCAUCAGCGCCGGAGAAAACACAGCUUUACUGAUUUGUGACGUGAACACAGUUUAAAGGCGUCUAAAGGAAUUUCUAGGAUUCCUCGCAUUUCUGUGGUCAACCAACUGGCCGUCUGGAAAUAAAUGGAAGGAGCUAAACAAUGAGUCGAUUUUCAUCUGCUGUUUAACGGUUUUGUGAACACCUAGCAAACAACUUUGGGACUUAUGGAGGCCUCUGUGAACUCGGACAACAUCAGUAACACCUCAGCUGGUUUAGGCCAGAGAACAUGGGUAGAGUCCAACGUGUGCCCUCCCUCUGUAAGUGGCACGACUCUUCUGAUUGUAGCCUACAGCACCGUUAUUGCGGUGGGAUUGGUAGGCAACACUUGUCUGGUCUUCAUUAUCUCCAGACAGAAAGAGAUGAGAAACGUCACCAACAUCCUCAUCGCCAACCUCUCCUGCUCUGACAUCCUCAUGUGUGUGGUGUGCCUACCCGUGACGGUCAUCUACACGCUCAUGGACCAUUGGAUCCUUGGCGAGACGCUGUGCAAGGUCACGCCGUUCGUGCAAUGCAUGUCUGUCACGGUUUCUAUCUUCUCGCUGGUCCUCAUCGCACUGGAGCGGCAUCAACUUAUCAUCCACCCCACGGGCUGGACGCCUGCCGCAGGCCAUUCGUACCUGGCCGUCGCAGUCACCUGGAUGGUGGCCUGCUUCAUUUCCCUACCUUUCCUGUCAUUUAACAUCCUCACUAACGCCCCGUUCCAGAACCUCAGCCUUCCGUUCAACCCGUUCAGCGACCAUGUGAUUUGCAUGGAGCUCUGGCCGUCUGAACGCAACCGUUUAGCGUACACCACCUCGCUUCUGUUAUUCCAAUAUUGCCUCCCCCUGCUUCUCAUUCUGCUCUGCUACUUGCGCAUAUUCCUGCGUCUACGCAGACGGAAGGACAUGGUGGAGCAAGCCACCGAGGCCAGGCAGAGGAAGGCGCGGGGCGCUCAGCGUGUCAACGCCAUGUUGGUCGUAAUCGUGGUCGCUUUCGCUCUCUGCUGGCUCCCGCUCAAUGUCUUCAACACCAUCUUUGACUGGUACCACCAGGCACUUCCUUCGUGCCAGCACGACGUCAUCUUCUCGGCCUGCCACCUCACGGCAAUGGCGUCCACCUGUGUGAACCCGGUGGUGUACGGCUUCCUCAACACCAACUUCCAGAAGGAGCUGAAGGCGACGCUUCAGCGGUGCAAUUGUGGCUUGGGCGUUCCGGAGACCUACGAGAGCUUCCCGCUCUCGACGGUGGCCACCGACGUCACCAAGGUGCCGUCCAUGCAGCGGGGCUCUCUGAUGAGAACGGAACAGUGCGCUCACUGCUGAAGAGACGGCAUGGGAAGAAUGAGGGGAGGGGUUGAGGAUGAGCUGGCACUGUUUCCAUGGAGAUGUGGAAUUGCUAUGUGGGUUUCUGCAUCAGUUCAUACCCAAGAGAUCUAAAAACAACCUCAACCCACUGUUGCCGUGCUUUCUGGGGUCCAGGUCUGGAACGCGGUGUGAUGUUUUGUUAACGACGGCUAGGGUAGUCCUGGCGUCAUUUCUGUCUCUGUGUAUGGGAUAAAUAUUCCAUCAAGAAUGUGACUGACACUUUCAAGCUGUUGUGUUAGGAGAGGAAGGACUGAUUUUGUUUGAAACAGAAGUUGUUGUUAUAAUGAAAGUACUUCUCAUGGACAAUUCUUUGAGUUAUUCAUUAAAAUCAUGGUAGCAGGGAGUCGGUAUCCUCACCAAAGUAUUUCUGGUUUUGUUGUUGCAGGUGUCGUUGUAUUGAAUUGUACCUAUUACUAUUUGUGUUGCUUUGGUGAGACCGCUUGCGCUGCAUUUUAUCUUUGAAUCGUGCCUCUGUAAUAUUGGGAAGCAUAUUAGAUAUUUGAGCAUUGGUGUUAGCUUAACAACACAUCCAUCUUCUGCUACAAUAGAUACAUGACUACUGUGCCAAUGGCAUUUUGGUAUUACAUAUUUGUGACCCUUGACCACAAAACCAGUAAUAAGGGUCAGUUUUUUGAGAUUGAGAUUUAUGCA